CUUAAUUUCACAUCGAUGCAAUUCGAAAUCCCUGGAAUUGCCGCAUGGCUGAUAACGAGCUGAACAUCGGCAGUACCCCAGUUCACAUUAUAAAGCUUAAGUAUACUCGACCUGUAUUUGGUGCGCUUGUACCCCCAUUCUACCAGAUCUGAUGGCAACAGCCCUUAUCAACGUUCUUCUUGCCUACAAUGUUUAUUCGGCGCCCACCCCCCCUCACAAUACGACUUGUUUCCUGCAAAAUGUAUCUGAUGGUUACAACGAUCCCCGGAAUUACCGAAUGAUAUGGGGCAUCCUCUAUAGCUGUCUCCUUACUGUAUUUGCUUGCAUUUGGACAGCAGUGCACCCAGAUCUACCACAAUCCUAUGAUGAUGAUGCCUCAGUGCUUAUACUGCGCGCUGUCAUGAUGACCUGGUCACUGGUUCUACCGGAGUUCACUCUGGCGCUUGCCUGGGACCAAUUUUUGAUAUCUCGGAGAAUAUCAGAAAAAUUCGAGAUGGUUGAAGGGUGGACCUUGACGCAUUCAUACUUUGUUGUCAUGAAUGGUUUCUUCGACCCAUCAGAAGGAAGCGUUGUGGGCCCGAAUGACUUGCAGCAAUACCCCGGCAUAAUUGAGAACACCGGGGAUACUAGAAAGGUCGCAAUUACACAGAAGGAAAUUCUUGACAGAAGCAAAGGCGAUGCGUUUUCCAAAAUUAUCACUGUCCUCCAACUACUCUGGUUUAUCACUCAAUAUGCCGAACGAUGGGCAAACCAUUUGCACAGAUCGCAACUCGAGACAAUGGCGCUGGCAUAUGUGGCAUUAUAUAUCUUUGUUUACGUGUUGUGGUGGGAGAAACCUGUCAAUGCUCAAUUUCCAAUCCAUGUGAUGCGAAAGUCCCCUUCUGUUCCUCCGACUUCCGAGACAAAUGUUGAUCAACAAACACCUAAAACGGAGCCUGAUGCAGAUCCGAUGUCCCUCGUGUGGGUGGAUGAGCCUAAGGGGUUGGAAUUCAUGUCCAUAUUUGCAGCCACCGGAAUAAUCUUUGGGGGAAUUCAUUGCCUUGCAUGGUCGUUUCCCUUUCCAACACGCACGGAGAUGAUUCUAUGGCGGGUUUCAGCGAUAUAUAUCACAGUAGCUCCUGUCUUGAUUUUUCCGAUUGGAUGGGUUGCAGGUGUCGCAUGGGUUAAGGCAUGGGUUGGGGAUUGUGUUGCAUGGCUUGAUGAUCAUGUUCAUGAGUCUAUUAUUAAGGGCAUAGUAUUACUUCCUCCACUUGUUUACGCUGCUGCGCGGGUCACCCUGACUGUUCUCACCUUCAGUUCUUUGCAUUCACCUGAGCCCAGCCCAUACCAGACCCCAUCUUGGUCAUCAUUCGACCCGCAUUUUGGAUAGUUGUGUAUGUACUGCACUUCUAGUUAAAAUUACAGGACAAAAUUUACCUCUUCCAACAUUUCUUUCCCCACUGCAUUCUUUGC